CGUGAACCGAAUAUUCCGGUGCAUUUCAAACUAUUGGAAGUUUAACAAUUUGAAUUUCGAAUUUCUGGCAAGUUUUUCCGAUACAAACGCCGUCGUUUCUUCCUCAAUGAUCUCAUCCAACUCUCCGACAGCUCAAACACCAGCUGAUUUUUAAAAUUUAAUAGCAUUUAAUUUUGGAUUUUGUUCAUGUAUUUAAGUCAACAAAAUCUUAUGUAAUCUACAUAAUUAGAUGCACGUUUCAGUUUCUAUUUAUCCUCCAAAUUGUUAUAAUAAUUGUUAUAAUAAUUACGAUCCGUUUAGAUCACCAAUAUCUCGUUUAAGAUUCAUAUAUUUUUUUUUCUCUAUUUAUACAUGAAAUAUUUCAGUGUGGUUUAUUUCAUUAUUUGCAUGGGUUCAAUGGCUCAUGAAGAGCACACCGGCGGCGGUAACAGCGGUGUUGGUGGUGGUAGUGGUGGUGGUAGUGGUAGAUCUUCUAAAAAGAUGAAGCAUGACAAAGUGCCACAAAGAGGUAUGGGUGUGGCUCAGCUUGAGAGGAUGAUAACUGAAAGACAGUUGAAAGAUGCAGGUAUUUCGACGUCGAAUUCGGUUAAAUUCCGGUUACCGGAAGUUCCUUUACCACCGCCGUUUCCCAACCGCCGCCACCCUUUGGUUUCAAAAUCUAGAUUGUAUAAUAUUGAUGGUGGGAAUUCAAAUCCGUAUCAGUAUCACUAUCAGUAUCAGUAUCCGGAGCCGAAUACAUUAACAUGGCCACAGUUUCAUGCACAAAGAUCAUCAAUGGUGAAUGUCUCAUUAGGAGCUACAUCAUCAUCAUCUGUCAUGAGUAAUAUUCAGAUAGAGCCCCCUUCAAACCAAAGUUAUUGUGCCAACAAGCACACAUCUUAUUCAGAUGGAGACAAGAUGGUUGGAAUGAAGAGGCCAUAUCCCUUUUCAAUGGAAAAUAUCCCUCCUGCUUAUCUCUCUCCAAUUUCAAAACCAGAUGAAUCAACUACAUGUAGAAGAGAAAACCUUUUAGGUUUGGGCGACGCAAAAGAUCAAAAGGCCGAGAAAUUUAUCGAGGAAAAUCUCGCGAAAGAUUUUCUCACAUUGGCUCCACCUCAAGCUUCACCUCCUUCGCAUACAAGGUUAAAAGAGAAGGUGCUGCCUUCAUCCGCAGGAGAGUUAACAAGACCAUCUUAUCAAGGUCAAACAAGAGAUUCAUCUGAAACAGAAUGGUCAAACCAACAUGCAUUGCAUAGUUUCUUUCCAGCAGCAAAGACUCAUGGAAUAGGCAAUGGUGAAGUAGGGGAACAUGUUGAUCUCAAUUUGAAGCUAUAGAAGGCUGGCUAUCCAGAUUCUUAUUCAUGUUUUAUCAUUUAAUAUUUAUUGUUGUUAGCAGUUUUGCUGUUGUUUUUCCUUUUUAUCUCACAAAUUCAAAUGUUGCUUUUUAUUUUUUUUA